GAAAAGAAAAAGAUAUUAGAAGCUUCUAAAUGAGACUAUAAAUGAAGACAUUGCAAGUGCGGGUUGAUCGGGCCUCGUUUGUACGAGUUUGGAGCUCUCAAAGGUCCAAAUUCUUCUGCGGCUUUCAUAAGAAAGGAUUACAUGAGCCAACAAGGGAGCUCUUCCCUUCUCGUUGCAUUCGGUGGUACGUUGGCCUCGCCGAUCUUUCCAUAGCAAUGAAGCCCUCCAGCAAAAGACCGCGAGUCCUACUCGUGCUUCUUCUGGUGACGAUGCAAGUUCAAUUCUCUCGUGCUGACGUCGGCACCGCCGCGCACUACAGUCCUCCAUACACACCGACGGCAUGCUUUGGCAAUGAUCCAUCACAGUUCCCAUCGAGCAACCUCUUUGCGGCGGCGGGUGAAGGGAUAUGGGACAACGGAGCGUCAUGCGGGAGGCAGUACCUGGUGCGGUGCAUCAGCGCCUCCGUCUCCGGAACCUGCAUUCCCAGCCAGACUAUCCAAGUCCGAAUUGUCGACCGAGCGCUGUCCUCGUCUUCACGUCCCUCGAGUAGCGGCGCGACCAUAGUCCUCUCAACAACAGCGUUUGGCACUAUCGCAAAGUCAUCUGCUGCGGCCGUGAACGUCGAGUAUCAACAGGUUUGAGGGAGCAUACAAAAAGCACAUUUGAGGUGGUGAACGAGUUCUCCCCUCGAAGGAUCCAUAAAUUAUUCGGUGCGUCAUAUUAGAGAUAUUUUCGUUAUUUUCUGAGAUAGAAAGUUUUCUUGUUGUAGAAUAAAACAGCUUUUUUGUUAAAUUAGAGUACUUUUUGCAAUUCAUAUUCCUCGAGGACACCUCUUGAUUGUAGAAUGUUAAAAAAUUCUAUUAUUGAGUAAAGAUGUAACCUUCGUCUA